UCACUGCCUAUAUAUACUCUUCCCAACCUACACCUUUAUCUUUGUAAAUUCACUGUCUCAGACUUCACAUUCUCUCUCUAAAAUUCUUUCAGCAAAAUCAGCAGAGAGCACUGAGCACUGAACCAACCCCAACCCUCUUAAACCACUUACUACUAGUUAGUUAUCUAACGGUUUCUUCAUUUCUUUCUUUCUGUUUCAAUUUUUAUUCCCAUUUUACCCUCCAGGCUCUCCCUAAUUUCCAAGCUCAUGCCAUUCCACCAUUAACCAAACUCGCUCUCAAAAGCUAAUAAAAAAAGAAGAAAGACAAAAAGAAAGAAAAGAUGAUAAGCUGGAAGGACCUAUACAGCGUCUUAACGGCGGUGGUUCCGCUGUACGUGGCGAUGAUCCUCGCGUACGGUUCCGUCCGGUGGUGGAAGAUUUUCUCGCCGGACCAGUGCUCCGGGAUCAACCGUUUUGUCGCGAUCUUCGCCGUGCCGCUGCUUUCUUUCCACUUCAUAUCCUCCAACAACCCUUACGAGAUGAACUUCCGGUUCAUCGCCGCCGACACGCUACAGAAGGUGAUGAUGCUCUUCGCCUUGGCCAUAUGGACCAACUUCACCGCCAACGGAAGCCUCGAGUGGAUGAUCACCAUCUUCUCCCUCUCCACAUUGCCCAACACUCUUGUCAUGGGGAUCCCACUCCUCAUCGCCAUGUACGGCGACUACUCCGGCCAACUCAUGGUUCAGGUGGUGGUGCUCCAGUGUAUCAUAUGGUACACUCUCUUACUCUUUCUCUUCGAGUACCGCGGAGCCAAGCUGCUUAUUAUGGAGCAGUUUCCGGAAACGGCGGCUUCUAUUGUGUCCUUUAAGGUCGACUCCGACGUCGUGUCGCUCGACGGUAGAGAUUUUCUUGAGACCGAUGCGGAGGUUGGUGAUGACGGUAAGCUUCAUGUUACUGUGAGGAAGUCUAACGCGUCGCGAAGAUCGUUCAUGAUGACGCCGCGUCCGUCGAACCUAACCGGCGCUGAGAUUUACAGCCUUAGCAGUUCCCGGAAUCCGACGCCGCGAGGGUCCAACUUCAACCACGCCGAUUUUUACUCCAUGAUGGGGUACCACCCGCCGAGGCAUUCUAACUUUGGUGCUAAUGACUUAUACUCCGCUCAGUCCACUUCGCGGGGGCCUACGCCGCGUCCCUCCAACUUCGAGGAGAACAUGAGCUCCCCGAGGUUCGGGUUUUACCCGGCGCAGACGGUUCCCGCUUCGUACCCAGCUCCCAAUCCAGAAUUCGCUGCCAGCUUGAGCAGCAAGAGCGUCAAGAAUUCACAAGUGCCACCUGUGGCAGCUCCGCCUCCUCCCCCACAGGUUCAACCUCAGCCACAGCCACAGGGGCAGCAGUUGGUUCAGGCUCAACCUGCCAUGAUGCAAAGGAGCUCCACAUGUUCGUGUGGAGCUCCAGCGCUUCGCCAGUUUCAGAGACCGGCGGGCUUCACGUGUUUGGCAGCGCGGAUUUUGGAGCGUCCGAUCAGUCUGGUCGCUCCGAUCAAGGCGCGAAGGAGAUCAGGAUGCUGGUUGCUGACGAGCACCCUCAAAAUGGGGAAUCCAACAAAGGUAUAUUUGCUUCCUUUUUCUUUUUUAAAGUUUGUUUAUUUGAAGUUCCCAACAGGGAAAGUAGAUGGGGAGCAAGGAGAGGAAGAAGGGGAGAAAGAGGGUCCCGGAGGGCUGAACAAACUGGGGUCGAGUUCGACGGCGGAGUUGCACCCAAAGGCAACCGGAGCGGCGGGGGUUGGAGUGUCAAAACACAUGCCUCCAGCGAGUGUGAUGACGCGCCUGAUACUGAUCAUGGUGUGGAGGAAGCUUAUCCGUAAUCCCAACACUUACUCCAGCCUCAUUGGUGUCAUUUGGUCCCUGGUGGCCUUUAGGUGGCAUGUGCAUAUGCCAAAAAUAAUAGAGAAAUCAAUCUCCAUACUGUCUGAUGCUGGUCUUGGAAUGGCUAUGUUCAGCUUAGGUCUGUUUAUGGCACUUCAACCCAAGAUAAUUGCGUGUGGUAAUUCGGUAGCGACUUUUGCUAUGGCGGUUCGCUUCCUCACUGGCCCAGCGGUUAUGGCAGCAGCUUCCAUCGCUGUUGGCCUCCGUGGCACCCUCUUACGUGUUGCUAUCGUUCAGGCUGCACUUCCACAAGGGAUUGUUCCCUUUGUUUUUGCCAAAGAGUACAAUGUCCAUCCAGCCAUUCUAAGCACAGCGGUUAUAUUUGGGAUGUUGAUAGCACUGCCAAUUACUCUAGUCUACUACAUACUCCUUGGUUUGUAAAAAAAUAAUGGAGUGACCCUUAAUUUUUCAACCUUUUUAUUCUUUGGGAGUAAGCAAUGGACGUGCAUGAAAGGAAAUAAUGAUUCUGGGUGUAUGUUGUUAGCAACCAUGAGGAUUUUCUGGGGAGCAGCUAAGACUAGGAAGAAAAAAAUGACGCAAGAAUCACAAAAUUUAAACGGUGGUGAGAUCCUUUCAUCAGGUUUUUUUCCAAAAUUUUGGGAACAUAUAAAAAAAAUAAAAAUAAAAAAAGUUGACCUAUUUGGCCCCCAUAUCUUCUUGAAUCUAGUAGUGCCUCCCCCUAUUUGAGUAAAAAAAAAAAUAAACUGACGCAAUUUUCAAGAACAACACCUCAUAAGAAGGAACAAAGUCCACCAUAUGGGA